CAUCCAGCCCAGCCCAGUCCAGUCCAGUCCGAACGAUCCGAUCCGCCCAUCAUGAACCUCAUGACCAUCCCGACGGCCGAAGUGGAACACGAUCUCGGCCAGCAAAUCGAAGUCGACGAGGCCGUCAUCUCGCGGUUACCAGCGGGGGCACAGAUCCUCAGCGCAUCACGCCACGGCUCCGACCGGUGGGCGCGGUCAGCCAAGCUGGUCGCAAAGCUGCCCGACGGCAGCGUGCGGCCAUAUCUCCUGCGGGUAUAUACACUACACACCAUUCCCUCGACGCCGGCACCAUCCCCGCAGCAGCCGUGAAGACUGACCACCCCGGCGCGCGCGCAGGGCUCCGCCGGCGAAUCCGGCAAACAGAUGAUGCGGGGCGAAUACGAGUCGCUCAGCGCGAUCCACAGCGUGGUGCCCACGUUCUGCCCUCGGCCGAUCAGCUGGGGCGCCUUCAAGACGAAGCCGAACACGUACUACAGCCUCUGCGUGUACCACGAGCGGACGUCUGGUCCUUCGGACGCCGCAGCGUUCUGCAGCAUGCUCGCGCGCCUGCACGUGCGCUCGCGCGCCCCCGACAACCGCUUCGGCUUCCCCGUCGCCACGUUUUUCGGAGAGGUCCUCAACGAGAAGAUGGCCUGCGAGUCCUGGGAGGAGUGCUUUACCGCGUGUCUGAGACACAUGCUCGCGCUCGACGAGGAGAUCAAUGGUGUUGAUGACACGCUGGUCGCGCUGCGCGAGGAGCUGAUCGCCCGCGUUGUGCCCCGGCUGCUGCGGCCGCUCGAGUCGGGUGGGAGGAGGAUCAAGCCCGCGCUGAUUCAUGGCGACCUGUGUGCGGCGAAUGCGGGCGCCGCGGAUAGCGCCGAUGGCGUGGGAAGCAAUGCGAUGGUGUGGCGUCCCGCGGCGCUGUUCGCACAUAACGAGUUUGAGCUGGGACACUGGCGCGCGGUGCGCAACGGGUUCGACAGCAGGUUCCUGCGGGCGUAUCUCAAGCUCGUGCCCAUCAGCGAGCCGAAGCAGGAUUUUGAGGACCGGAAUGCCCUCUACGCCCUAAGAUAUGUCAUUGCGUGCUCGAUACGAUACCCCGGAAGUGCGAAAUACCGCCAGGCGAUCGUCGAGGAGAUGGGAUCGCUCGUUGGGAGGUUCUCGCCGGGGCCGGAGAUCGGACUAAGCCCGGGAUACGUCGAGGAGAAAGAACAGGAGGGUAGGGACGAGGCUGCCGUGUUUGCUAGUCCUGGGGUGCACUCGAUGAAGGUCGUUAGGAGUAAUAGCACUACGACGAGGGGGAAGCAUAAUUAUAAGCCGCCAAUUGGCGGGAAACUGGUGAAGCGGUGACGAGUGGUGGGUGCUGGUGGUGGUGGGGGUGGGC